AUGGAGCAAAAGAUAAUGGGAAUGCCUAAACUUUCUUUGUUCUUCUUCUUAUUAUUAGUUUUCACACUAACUAUUGGAGGAAAGACCAACAUGAACUUUGUUGAGGGAAAACAACCCAUUCAAACAAUUGUUGUUCUUGUUUUAGAAAACCGAUCAUUCGACCACAUUUUGGGUUGGAUGAAGAGCGUAAAUCCAUCCAUCGACGGAGUCACGGGUCGAGAAUGCAAUCCAAUUUCCACUAAAUCUAAGUCGUCCAAAUCAAUAUGUUUCACGGAUGAUGCGGUUUAUGUGGAUCCGAAUCCGGGUCAUGAUUUUCCAGAUGUUAAGCAACAAAUUUUCGGAUCCGGAACCACUCCUUCCAUGUCAGGCUUUGUUGAACAAGCAAUUUCCAUAUCAAAAAACGUAUCCGACGUCGUAAUGAAAGGGUUCAAACCCGUAUCCGUGCCCGUGUAUGCCGAGUUAGUGCGGGAAUUUGCCGUUUUCAAUCGUUGGUUUUCAUCGGUUCCUGGUCCAACCCAACCCAACAGAUUAUUCGUAUAUUCCGCAACAUCAUCCGGAGCCACCUACCAUGACAAAGUACAACUCGCCAAAGGUUACCCACAAAAGACCAUUUUCGAUUCUCUUUACGAAGACAAUAUCGAUUUCGGCAUUUACUAUGAUCACGUACCAGCCACAUUGUUCUAUAGGAAUCUUAGGCAAUUAAAGUACAUCUUAAGGUUUCACCGUUACGGAACAAAAUUCAAGAAACACGCUAAGGAAGGGAAACUUCCAAACUUGACGGUAAUCGAGCCGAGGUACUACGAUAUCUUUGGAAAUCCGGCAAACGAUGAUCAUCCGUCCCACGAUGUUGGAAACGGUCAAAAGCUAGUGAAGGAGGUUUACGAAGCUUUGAGGGCCAGUCCACAAUGGAAUCAGACGCUUUUCGUAAUAACCUACGAUGAGCAUGGUGGGUUCUUCGAUCAUGUCCCGACACCUAUCCAUAAUGUUCCAAACCCGGAUGGUAAAAUCAGCCCGCCUCCCAAUUUCUUCAAGUUCGACCAACUUGGAGUUCGUGUUCCCACUAUUAUGAUAUCUCCGUGGAUUAAAAAAGGCACUGUUGUAGGAAGGGCAAAAGGACCAGAAAUUAGCUCAGAGUAUGAACACUCGUCAAUCCCAGCCACCAUUAAGAAGAUGUUCAAUCUUUCUUCAGACUUCUUAACCCGUCGUGAUGCUUGGGCGGGCACAUUUGAACACAUAGUCGGAGAACUUGACUCUCCUAGGACUGAUUGCCCAAGUAAUAUCAAUAACUUUACAUACUUAUUGAUGACCCUUCCAGAGCCUCCAUCUCUAAGAGGUAGCGAGCCAGAUGAAAACAGGGAAGUGUCAGAGUUUCAAACAGAGCUGACAGAUCUAGCAAGAUCCCUCAUUAAAGACGAUUAUAACUUGAUGAACAGCAAGAUGGGGAAUGAGAAGAAGAUGACGGUAAAGGAGGGUGAACAAUAUGUAAGAGAAGCCAUGUCAAAGUUCUUGAAAGCUAGCAAAGACACAUUGAGGUUGGGGAUUGACGGUUCAACCAUUGUGGACUUAACUACAUGCAACCAUGACAAAGAAUGGGCUUGUUAA